AAGCAAGGUGUCAAGCUAACUUCGCUUCCGGUGCUCACUGGAAUUUACCCCAGACCGCCUGGCAUGCUGUAGCCUGCAAGUUUUUGGUAUUAGAGCAAUGGACGAGUCUGACGCAUCUGAUGGCAAUGAACCUAUGCCUUGUUUACCUCCAGCGAAACGCAGGCGAACGGACACCACUCGUUCUUUCCACUCUCAACUUGGAGGUCUUCCAGACCAAACACAGAAUGGAGGCGAGUUCUGGCACGAUGAUGGCGACAUUGUUCUAGGAGUGGAACACCAAUUCUUCAAAACACACCGAAGCCGGUUGAUGUGCUCACUAAUUUUUGCGGAUAUGUUGGAGUUGCCACAACCUGAAGUCAUAGAAAACUUUGAUGGUUGUCCCCUUGUUCACCUAGCAUCGGACACUGCAAAGGAUUGGCAAGUUGUUUUAGGAUGGAUGUAUGACCCAAACUACUUUUCUGUUCAACCAGCUAUAACAUUCGAUAUGUUAGCAGGUGCCACGAGGAUAUCUACGAAAUACGAAAUCGCAGGUCUUCGCGACAUAAUGAAACACGAAAUUAUGUCUCGUUGGCCCAAAGAUAUUUCCAAAAUGACUACCAGUUCACUACCUCACGCUGCUGAAGCGAUAUGUCUAGCGCGCGAGUGUGAUAUUCCAGAGAUUCUUCCAGCUGCGUUCUAUGCGCUUUCAGUCCAAAAAUGGACUU